AUGGGUAGCUUAUUGUUAGAUCAAAUUAAAAAGCAGACGACAAAUUUUCUACAAGAGAAAUACAAAUCUGCUAGGAUGACAUUUACAGAUGUUACCGGAGCUGAAUUGCUAGCUGAGGAAGCAACAAACAAAGAUGAUUGCAGUCCUGAUGCAAAAACAAUGACAAAAAUUGCUGAGGCAUCUUUUGAUAUUGAUGAAUAUUGGAGGAUUGUUGAUGUUCUUCAUAGAAGGUUGUACAAUAUUGAUUGGGAUCAAUGGAGGCAAUCUUACAAAGCAUUAGUUCUUCUAGAAUUCAUGCUCACUCAUGGUCCUAUAGAUUUUGCUAGAGAAUUUCAAUGUGAUGCUGAAAUUAUUGAAGAACUAGGAAAUUUGACUUAUAUUGACAAAAGAGGGUUUAACUGGGGAAGUAGAAUGCAAAACCUAACAAACGAAAUACUAAAGCUUUUGCAAGGUGGAGAAGCUCUAAAAGAGUCUCGUUUGAAGGCACUGAAAAUAACAAAUGAAAUACAAGGAUUUGGAAGUGGAAGUUCAUUAGACUCUCCAACAUCAAUAGUAUCAUCACCUUGUUCAUUCUCUUCGGAUCAAUUAGGCUCACCAGGGUCUUCAUCAUUUUGCUCAUUUUCUACCAAUAGUAGUCCUAAGAAUGUGGAUGAAAAACAACUUUGGAAUGGUCCAGCAGUUGAAGAGAUUUUGAUUGGUUCUGGUGAUGAUGUUGAUGAUGAUGAUGAUUCUUAUGGAGAAGAUGGAAAACCAAAAGGGUUUGUUAGUGAAAUAUGUUCAAAGAUUAUUGGUGGAAAUGGUCGUGGAAAGAUUGAAUUCAGAUGCAUUUCUGAUGUUGGGAGUAAGGUUGCUAAAAAGAGUUAUGAUCGCCAAUAUUCACUUUGGUUUUAA